AUGUCUCCUUUACAUGAACAUAUUAAUCGACUUCAACAUCAACAUCAACUUCAACUGCAACUUGCAAAAAGAGCAGAACCUCAUCUCACAAACGAUGAUCAAGAUGUUAAAGGAAAGACUAUAGGAAGUCAGGAAGAUUGGUUUCAAGCUCAUUCUACUCAGGUAUUCUUGAUCUUCGGUUCAGUAUUAUUCAUCAUAACUCUUAUUUGUCUCUAUGGCUUGACGAGGGGAUCACAAAAACGUUUUAUACCUAAACCCUUACGAUCAUUCUUUCGGCGUCGUGGUCGUGGCAAUUCCCAUUCUCAUUCUCAAACUAAUUUCAAGCGAGGUUCGAAUCGAAUUGGGAAUGCACCCAUAUCAUUUGGAUCCACCAAUGGAUUGAUUGAUCAACGCAUACAUGGCAAUGGCAAUGGCAAUGGCAAUGGCGAUGGGAAUACGAAUUCCCUUGUCCUGAGUCGGAAUCGUGGAGGUGGGAUGUGGUUCGAUUCACACCAUGUCCUAUCACCUCUUGAAGGGUGCGAGAACGGGAAUGGGAAUGGGAAUGGGAUGAGAAGGACAAAUGGAAGGAAUGUACUAUGGAGGAAGACAGCUUAUUUAACAGAUCUGAGAAAAGCCAAUAAUCAAGUUCAGCAAAAAUAUCUAAAUUACAACAACUCUAAUUCUAACUCUAACUCUACUUUCCCAAUUGGAUGGGAGAGAGUCAAUCCCGUAUAUGGCGCUGUUCAUGAUCAUGAUCUUGAUCCUAAUGGAAAUGGAAUUGGAAUUGGACACAAGAGGAAUCGUACGACUUCAAGUUUUGGUCAUACCCCUUUUAACUCGUCUCAUGGAUAUGCACAAUCUUAUUAUGGGAAUGACGGAUAUGGAUAUACGCCCGAUUCCGAAUAUCGUUUUGAUGGUCGUAUUGGUAAUGAUAGCGCGUAUGGUAAUUCGAUCUACUCAUCUUAUGGAUCACAGCGACCUAUAUCAAAUUAUAUACCUUAUAACCCUCUACAUAUUGAUCUAGACAAAAGCCAAACACAAGGACAAGAAAACGAAAAUGAAAAUGGAAAAGGAAAUACUUCUUCAGCAGUGUUAAAGAUGAGAACUCCUUAUCCACCUAAUUCAGUACCACCCAUAACUACGAAUUAUAGAUUUUCAUCAAUCCACAAUCAUAAUGAUAAUCAUAAUAUAGAACAACAACAACAACAAGAAGAUGAAAUUCGCAAUUUUAAUUUGAUCCGACACAAGCGUCAAACACAAAUUCAAAGUCGACCACAAAGUUAUUAUCCAAAUUCACCUGCAUCGACUUAUAUACCCAGAAAAUCAUAUGAUUCCCAAUAUCAACAUCAACAUCAAUCCCCUUCUCGUCCAAAUCCCAGCACCGAUUUCAAUCCUAAUUCCAAUCCGUAUCUAAGGGAGAUCACAUCUCCUGAAGAGAUUUAUAAUCCCAUAAGAGGCGAAUACACACCUACACCUACUCAUACCCAUACCCGUACCCAAUCAACUACAGAUCCUAUCAUUGAUAUGGACGCGAAAACGACAACGGACAAUAGGAUAUCAAUAGGAUCAAUUAAAUUCCCAGAACCAAAUACUGCAUAUACACAUUCAUCAACAUAUUCAUUUACUGAUCCUACCAAUACUGCAUCAAGUCCAAUUCCGAAUUUUAGAUUAUCUACACAACCACCUUCUACCACUACUACCACUACUCCCACCAGCGCCUCUUUCCCUUUCCCUCGAUACGGAGAAGAAGCUGGUGAGAACGAUAAUCAAGAUGCGGAGAAUGAUGGAAAAAGAUAUUCAUGGAACGGAUCGUUAAUCGAUGAUAGAUAUUCACCUGAAUUAACCAAGAUGAAUACAAAGUUGAAUUCAGGUAGUAUCUAUUCCAUUACAAAUUCUAAUUCUAAUUUGGAUUUGGAUAUACGUUCUCCAUCACCGAUUUCUGCUCAACCUAUCGGUAUAUCAUAUAACGAGUUCGACGAUACUGGUUUUGAAAAUGAUAAUCCGAGUCCGAACUUCCCUCCUCCACCUCCAAGAAAUGGUAUUCAUCUUGAUCCUAAUAUCGAUCCAAGUCCUACCUUCCCACCUCGUGUACCGAAGAGUCAGUCGAAUGUAGAGAUCAAUACCAAUCCAAGUCCAAAUUUCCCUCCGCCACCUGAGACUUCCAAUCCCAAUUCCAGUGUGACCAAAGCAAAUUCUGCUUCUUCUUCUUCUCAUACUCCUUCUAAGUCGCCAUCUUCGACCUCAGAUUCCAUCAAGAAGAGGAUAUCAAGGAUUAAACCACCAUCUUUAUUACCCAAACCGAAAAGUCCAAGUAAACUUCGAUAUGAAUCAACCUUUGCAAAAGAUGAAGAUGCCAAUAAGGAUGUGGAUGUGGGUAAUCACUUGAUGCCAGAUUGGAUGAUUGAUGAAAACGGUUCACCAUUACCUAAUAUCGAUUUUGAUCAUAAAGGUUCGAUCAAGUUAUCCACGACCAACGUCCUCUCCAAUACGCCGUAA